CCCAGCUUGUCGCAGGAGGGUAGCCUUGGCGCUGCCUAUCCUCAGGGCACUGUCGCCGGGGUGAAGCUGGAAGCAGUGAUGGAGCAGCUCCAGCGCCAGCAGCAGGUCCGCUUGGAGAUGGAGCGGAAGGAGAGACACAUGCGCGAGUCCCACAUCAAGUAUGCUCAGCAGCUGGCAGCGCAGCAGGCCAUCCUGGCAGCCGCCCGUGCUUCGGGUGCCGCCCUGGGACCCGGCUUCCUGGGCAAGGCCCUCGGGGGCGUCGUCUCCGGGGCUGGGCAGCAGCCUCAGGCCUCCACCCCGAGCAACAUGGCGGACUCGGAGCGGGAGGACGACGAAGACCGGGGCCCAGAUUCGGAGGAGGACGACGAUGACGAAGAGGAGAUGGAGGGUGUCGAGGGCAGCGAAGAGGAUGGCGAGGGCGGCGGCGGCAGUGCCCUGGAGUACCUCCGGAAGCAGACCCUGGCUCUCCAGCAGGGGGCGACUCGUCUUCCCACCCGCCCGUUUCCUUUGUACUCUGCUGCUUCCUCGGCGCCUGGGGCCCAGCGGGGCCCUUCUCCACUCGUCAGGGUGAAGCAGGAGCCCGAAGAUGGGAGCCCGUUGCCAGCAGGGUCCCAGUCCUCCGCAUCGCCCAACGGACAAGCCGACUGGGGAUACGGGGAGUCGUUCAAACAGGUGGGAGGCCGCGCGCCUCUGGCCGGCCCUGUGGCCCCGAGGCUCUCGCUGAACCCCGUCUAAGCUUCCCGCUCUCAGUCUGUCACUUCCUCACUCACUGGGAGGCUUGUCAGUUCUACUGGGCGAUUGCG